AUGGAGCGAUGGGAGAGAGCGCCGAACCGUCGUAGCCGAUCGAAGAACCCGUCAUUCUCCUCCUCUCUCCUCGACGCCAUCUACCGAUCCAUCGACGAAGAACACUCCGAUAACAACGGCCACCUUCGAGCGCCCGACCGCUCCUCCAACCACAAGAAGCGAGAGGGGCAACCCAUGCCGGCACCCUGCAUUGACCGGUGCCACUGCCGGUCCAGAACGAUGUCCCCCGCGAGCGAGCGGGCGGCGAACCGAUCCAGCGUCACCGACUACCGCCGCCAUGGCUCCAUCGCCAGAGGCAGCUUCACUCUCACUUCCUGCUCUUCUUCGUCCUCGUCAACCACGACCACCGCCGCUGCCAGCAGAACUAGCAGUUCCACCGGCUUCUCCUCAUCGUCCGAUGCCGAGUCCAUUCGGUCGGACUGCAUCCCUCGGCCCCAUCACCCUACACCGGAGAAGAAAACGAAGAAGGCCAAGUGCGGCUCGAUCCGUAGCGGGCUCAGGGGUCUGAGGAAGAGCCGGACGCCUGACGCGGCAUCGAUGGCGGCGCCAUCGCCAGCGUCUCCGGGUGCCCGGCUGGCUAGCUUCCUCAACGCGCUCUUCGCCUCCGCCGGGAGCCCUAAGAAGCCCAAGACCCCCACUCUCGCCGUCGCGACGACGGCGGCGGCAGGCUGCGGAGACAGCGAGGACUCGGCGUGCUCGUCGUCAGCGUCGAGCUGCAGGCGGUCCUGCCUGAGCAAGGCACCAGCGAUGGCAGACCGACGGCGAGCGUCGGGAGCCGAGGCGGGGAAGCGGUCGGUGCGGUUCUACCCAGUGAGCGUGAUCGUCGACGAGGACUCCCGCCCCUGCGGCCACAAGCGACUCCAGGACGACGCAGAGGGUGAGGCGGCGCCGGUGGCGGCGAGGGUGGAGGAGCUACUGAGGGCGGCGGGGGCGGAUGCGGAGGCAGAGGAGGAAGGAGAGGACGGGGGCAGCGAGUCGAGUUCGGAUCUGUUCGAGCUGGAGAAUCUGACGGUGGUGAUGCGAGGAGGAGGGUACCGUGAUGAGCUACCCGUGUACGGGACCACCGACGUCAGCACUAAUCGGGCGAUCUCUCAAGGUUUGAUCCACUAGAGAAAAAUAAUAAGCCACUAAAAUUAAAAACCAAAAAAUCCACGAGAAAAAGAAAUAAUUACAUAGUAACAUUUAUUUUCCUUGGUAAGAGAGGUUAUGUUUGUUAUGGAAUGAUAAUUAAUAGGGCAAAUUAAAUAAAUAGAGUGACUUAAUUUUUAAUUUAUGUUAUGUUAUGCAACAAAUUAUAAGUGUGUAGUAGUGGAAGAGAGUCGGGCUGUUUGGAUUUAUGUAUCUACUGCUGUGCUACAUCGACCCUGUCCAUGAUUUCGAUUUGGUUCGGUAAUAAGCAGCUGCAGCAUGGUCGGGC